GCCGCAUCAACAGUUCAAUAUCAACACCAUCCCUGGGAGGGGACGUUCCCAACGACGUCACGGUUCGGUCACCUGGCGACGCGUAACAUCUCAUCACAAGACAGAGAGAGAGAGAGAAACAACAGAACAUGUGCUGACCAUGCUAUCCCUCGCCCUCCAGUCCACCAUCACCGCCACCCUCCUCUCCGUCCUCCUUCUCGCCGCGUCCGGCGUCAGCGCCGCCCCCGCCCCCGCCGAGCAGGCCAAGCAGGCCGAGGCCGUCAACUACAACAGCCGCUUCACCUGCCCGGAUAGGGUCAAUAGUUUUUGCCGAGCGUCCAAUAUUCACUCCGGCUGCACCUCCAACAACGAGUUCCGCUCCGACGCCAUGGACACGUGCGGCGAGUGCAAAUGCUAAACUGACUCGCCCAUAACAUCAUGCCUUGAUGUGUGAUGAACAGAAGGGGCAUCAGCGGUGACGGGUUUGGGUUCGGUCAACGCAUUUCCUUGUGCUGCUCACGCAUAAAAGCCCAUCCAUUCACACCGCCGCGACGUCUCUCUCUCUCCAUGUUGCAAUUCAGCGAAUCAUGUAUUAUCCAUCAGUUUCUCCACGCGAUUCGCGAGAAUUGGCACAGGCUUUUACGCCCACUUUCUACGCGAACAUACCUCCUCGCAGUUCACAAUACCAGGCUACAAUACUCUGACCUUGACCCCCCAAGAUGCAGCGCCGCCGCCUCUCCGGCGCCCGCCUCUCC